AUGCCAUCCAAGAAGCAGACUGAUGUGAGUGGUGGGGACAGGCAGCCCGACGAGACUCCCACAUUUUGCUCGUUGGAGAACCUGAAGGUUGCACAAGUGCAGGUGGUUGGUGGAACACUGAACGGAUUCUCAAUUGGCUUUGUUGCCGUGUAUGCUUAUUUCUACCUGAUGUCCACGGACUGCUCGAUGUACAAGAAGGAGGUGGCUUGCAACAGGGUAUUGAACGCGGAGUGUUCUUGGAACGGAACACGUGGGGAAUGCGGCUGGAACGGCUUUACCUGCUUUUGGGGGCACGGUAAGGAUAAGACGCCAUGUUUGGAUGAUAGCAGGUGCAAGUGGGUGUACAGCGACGAAGAGUGCAAGAAUCCGACUGGGUACAGCUCGUCCUAUAACGGCAUCUUUGCUGGUGCGAUGAUUGUUGGCGCAAUGAUUGGGUCGAUCUAUGCCGGGCAGUUUGCCGCGAGGUUUGGUCACAAGGUGUCGUUCCUGAUCGUCGGCAUCGUUGGCGUUGUGUCAUCCGUGAUGUACCAUGUGUCCUCGGCAACGAAUGAGUUUUGGGUGCUGUGCGUUGGUCGUCUACUGAUAGGUGUUGUACUCGGUCUUGUGAACGUUGCAUGCCCCAUGUAUGUCGACCAGAACGCCCACCCGAAGUUCCUUCACGUGGACGGUGUUCUGUUUCAGGUGUUCACCACGUUUGGCAUUAUGUUUGCUGCAGCGAUGGGGUUGGCUAUUGGGCAAAGCGUCAACUUUGACAAGGACACCAAAAUGGAUGCCCGCAUGCAGGGCUACUGUGCCUUUUCUACGCUGUUGUCGGUGCUCAUGGUCGCGCUUGGUAUCUUCUUGGGCGAGAGCAAGACGAAGUUUACGAGCGGCAAGCACGAGGACGAUGGCACUGCGCUGGACCCGAACGAGUACAGCUACUUGCAGAUGCUUGGACCUUUGGCGAUGGGACUAGUGACUUCCGGGACGCUGCAACUGACUGGCAUCAAUGCCGUGAUGAAUUACGCGCCAAAGAUUAUGGGCAACUUGGGGAUGGUGCCUCUUGUGGGCAACUUCGUGGUGAUGGCGUGGAACUUUGUGACAACUCUCGUCUCGAUUCCACUUGCCCGGGUCCUCACGAUGCGCCAGCUGUUUCUUGGUGCCUCGCUUGUAGCGUCGGUCUCGUGUCUGCUCUUGUGCGGGGUCC